UCUCUCUCACACACACACACACACAUUCAUUCAGCUACCUAGGUCCUACCCAGAAAGCCAACAAAAAGUUUAGCCACCAUGGAACAAACACCCCACAUAGCAAUGCUACCAUCCCCUGGGAUGGGUCACCUCAUCCCAAUCGUUGAAUUUGCUAAGCGGUUCAUCCUUCAACACAACUAUUUCACCAUAACUCUCAUCAUCCCAAACGACGGACCUCUGUCCAAAGCCCAGAACACAUUCCUCGAAGCUCUUCCAAAUGGCAUAAACUACAUUACUCUUCCACCUGUUAACUUCGAUGACCUAACCGAUGAUGUUAACGUUGAAACAAAGAUAUUUCUCACAGUGAAUCGCUCUCUUCCCUCUGUUCGCAACGUUCUGAAACAGUUAACUGCAACGACUCGGUUAGUUACUCUUGUUGCUGAUCUUUUUAGUACUGAUGCAUUUGAUAUUGCCAAGGAAUUCAAGAUCUCUCCAUUUCUUUUCUUCCCAUCAACGGCUAUGGCAAUGCUAUUCGCCUUUUAUUUGCCAAAGCUUGAUGAGACAGUGUCAUGCGAGUACAGAGACCUACCAGAACCGGUUCAACUUCCUGGUUGCGUACCGAUUCAUGGAAGGGACCUGCUGGACCCGGUUCAAGACAGAAAGAAUGAUUCAUACAAAUGGUUUCUUCAUUACGCAAAGGGGUAUAGACUGGCUGAGGGUAUCAUACUGAAUAGCUUCAAGGACGUGGAGCCAGGAGCCACGGAAGCUUUGCAAAAGGAAGAAGCGGGUACGCCGCCGGUUUACCCUAUUGGACCGCUUAUACAAAUGGGUUCAAGUAGGGAGACUGAUGGGUCAGGUUGUUUAAGAUGGUUAGAUGAUCAGCCGAGUAACUCUGUCUUGUUCAUCUCCUUUGGAAGUGGUGGGACCCUCUCAUAUAAUCAGCUCCAUGAACUUGCAUUAGGGUUAGAAUUGAGUGAGCAGAGAUUUUUAUGGGUUGUUAGGAGUCCAAAUGACGGAGCUGCCAAUGCUACAUUCUUCAAUGCCCAUGGCCAAGACGACCCUUUUGAUUUUCUACCAAAAGGGUUCAUUGAUAGAACCAAAGGGCGUGGGCUCGUAGUGCCCUCUUGGGCACCACAAGCCCAAAUCCUGAGCCAUGGCUCAACCGGUGGAUUCUUAACCCACUGUGGUUGGAAUUCGAUACUUGAAAGUGUGGUAAGUGGAAUCCCAUUGAUUGCUUGGCCACUAUACGCAGAGCAGAAGAUGAAUGCUGUGAUGCUGACUGAUGAUAUGAAAGUGGCUUUGAGACCAAAAAUUGAUGAAAAUGGUAUCGUGGGACGACUUGAAAUUGCAAAGGUUGUGAAGGGUCUAAUGGAAGGAGAAGAAGGGAAGGGUUUACGCAACCGAAUGAGAGACCUAAAAGAUGCAGCUGCAAAGGCGCUUAGUGAAGAAGGGUCUUCCACGAAAGCACUUGCUGAAUUGGCUUGCAAGUGGAAGAAUAAGAUUAGCACUUAGAUUAGUAUUCGAAUUUGCCCUCCUCCUCCUCCUCCUCCUCUCUCUCUCUCUCUCUGCUUUUGUUAUUGCAUGAACAUGGUUGUUUUGACUUUGGAUAUUGAAAAUUGAGUUUUGUUGUUCAUGGAAAUCCUUUUUAUAUGCUCCUUUUCCUAUCUUAAAUUAAUCCAUUGUAAUAUGAAGAAGUAGGUGAUAUAUAUAUAGGUGUAACCAUAAAAAUGCAUCAGAACAGCAACUAUGAAAAAG